AAAAAGGAAGCAAAAACUGUAAAGGUCUACAAAGGAGAAAAAAACCGUCAACUUGUUCCACAGAAAGCUAAAAUGUAGCUGCUACUGUGUCUGAUGACAGGAAAGGCACAAAAAGGAAACUGAUCCAAGGUCUGUAAGCAAAUGUGGUUCUGCCAAAUGUAAUGAGAGCAAUUUCCGUUGCUCUCUUGGAUCCUCCUGGCAGCUACUGCUCUGUCACAUGCAGACACGUGGGCUAUAACACAAGGUUCAGCCAUCCCCGCUUCCUCAUUGAGAAUCGGCGCAGCGCGAGUGAGAAUGGAUUUCCUGUGACGCCACUGUGUCUUUGGUCACUUUGUGCACUCAUAUCACUUUUGAGCAUUUGAGUCAUCUGCUGUUCAACAAGAAACCAUCUCCAAGUCAAUCAUACCUGCUCAACAGGUAACAUCAGCAAAACUGUGAUGCUUUCAUAAAGGUUAAAGUGCACCGAGGAUAAGUAGCCAUGCUCCAGCCUUCAGAGUUCAUCUUUGACUUUGCCAGUGACCAUUUUACCUCGGUACAGAUGGACUUCCCUGCAGUAAUAGUGGAGCAGGUUCCACAGUCACAGCUGCUGACAUACUCCGGCUUAACGUGUGAACAUUCACAAGCAGAGGAUCAUCACCAGCUGCUCAAAGUGGAGCCAACUGAUAGUGGAGAGGAGGAGAUCAUGGAGAACCUUGUUGCUGCUAACUCUCUCCUUAACAUGGACUGUGCUGACACCCUCUCCCUGGACCAGCACUACUCCCAGGACUUCUUGCCAUCACUGGGUGACAUCAUCACUACUCCUGUUACCCAGGUAACCGUGUCAGCUGACGGGGUUGUGGGAGCUGUUGAUGAGCCUCAGUGGAAGUCGUUGCACUCAAAGAGGCCUGUGGCCCAGCUGCAGUCCAGAAAGAGAGGUCAAAAAUUUAAACAUCGGAGAGCAGAGUCUCCCACACCAGAAAUUACAGUAAAAAAGGACAAAUACAACAAAGGAGGAAACACACUGUACCUGUGGCAGUUCCUGAUGGAGCUGCUGCAGGACAGGCAGGUGUGUCCACGCUACAUUAAGUGGACCAAUCCACAGGCUGGGAUCUUCAAGUUGGUCAACUCAAAAGCUGUAGCCAGACUCUGGGGGAAACACAAAAAUAAACCGGACAUGAAUUAUGAGACGAUGGGAAGAGCACUCAGGUACUACUACCAGAGAGGCAUACUGAAUAAGGUCGAAGGGCAGCGCCUCGUUUACCAGUUCACCUCCCUGCCUAAAAACAUGAUUUACAUCACAGACGGACAUGGCAUCAAAGAAGAGGAAGAUGACAUCCAAGACAACAGUGGUAAUGAUGAAAGUGUCGGUGAAAACUCCGACAGCUCAAUAUGUAGUGACCAGUCAGGAGACGAUGACAACGACAAUGACUCCCCUCCACCACAGAAGAAAGCUUCUUUCAUCUCAGUCCAAGCCACUCCAGAGAAACAGACCAGAUCGGUUCCCAGGCCGCCAGCUCAGCGCGACACAGUCCUGCGACCCACCAGCUCCAGUUUGAUCCAGGAGCAGCAUUUACCCAUCGUGUCUGCAGAGAUGCUGCGGACAUUGCAGAACCUGCAGAAGGUGCAGUCCCUGAAACCGGCGGGUCACUCCUCUGUGUUCAAAACGGCGCAGCUGCUGGGGAGUCUAUAUGAGCGACAGGCCGCUGCAGAUGGGAGAGGCGCCUCAAAGCUGCCCGAUGAAAAGUCACACAUGGGACCAAAAAGUCGGCAGCCGGUCCAUCUUUUAAGCACUGACCAAUAGAGCAGAGUUGUCUGUUCAAACUCAGAACAUACAAUGUCCAUACACUCCAACACAAUCUAAAGAGAGAGUUUGACCCACAAGUCAUUUCCUGUUUCAACACAUAAAACAAAAUUGGUUCUAAUCACGCAUUAAAGGUUUUAACCCAAAAGUCAUUUAAGCUAAGCUUGAAUUCAAAUGUGUAUCAUUAAAUGAAACCUCAUCAUUUCACUGGUAUCCUUAAACAAUACAAAAAGCCAAAAUCAGACAUGCACUGGAAUCCACAGCCUUUCUGCUCCUCCCACAGAUGCAUCCCUCGCUUGCCUUUCUGCUGCACUGUCUUUGAGAUACUGAUCUGACGCCCACACUGUGCCCUUCUAUCUGCCUUUGCCAUUUGUACCGGCGUCCCCCUGAAUCAUUCCUUUGCCUUCAAAGUGGUUUUGCACUAAAAUUUUGUUUGAAUUUUGCCUUAAAGUGCCUGUAGUUUCCGUCUCGCCUCCUGCUUUCUUCAUUCAUGUGAAUCAUGAAUUUAUUGAGGGAAACAUUCCAUUUUAUUUUAUUUUUUUAUAUUAUGUGAACGUUUUGAAAAGAAGGGAAUCACUGUUGUUUCAAGAAACGUAAAUGAGCACUGCUGUUGUUGAAUGUUAAGUGGAUCUGCCUUUUGUUGUUGACAAUCACCAUCAAGUGGUCUUCUGUCCACGUUUUCUCUGAUUAUUUCAUAUUCCAAAUACCGGUAUAUAUAGCCUUUCCUUAUUGCACAUGUUUUUUGUUGCACGUAUAUAGAUCAUAUGCGGAACUCUAAAUCCUCAAUAUCUAUACAUGUUAAAUGUCAUAUACUGUAUAUUUGUGAAAGUGCUUGUUCUUUGCUGCCACUUUCUUCCUCAGGUUAAGUACUUUUUUGGUGCUGCAGACUUUUUCCUCUUUGCAGGGAGUAACAUUUCUGGUUUCUAAUUAGAAAAUCUUUUUGGCUAAGUGUUUACUCUUUCCCUGACUUGUGUCUUAUUUUGCAAAACCAGCCUGCAAAGUUCACUUAUCCUCAAAACAAAGAACACUUUGAAUGUCAGGCUGGUGUUGUCUGGCCAAACUUGGUAAAGACAUGCUUAUACAAUAAUUGUGCCUUUUGCCUGCUGGGAGUCCCUAUGCAAAUUUCUUCACAUUAUUAAGCCAUUUAUCUCAGAUGCUCCUUCCUUUGACCUAUCUAAAGUCUCUCGAUGCUGUUUUACUGUUUUUGAGAAGCUCAUAUUUGAUUGUGAGCUUGAGAUCUUUUUGCUUUACUUUUGUGUGUGUUUGUGUUCAGGCUGUCCAGAAAUGGUAUAUAAAAUAAAUUUCUAUGUCAAA